CACGUGGUGCGGCGGGAAGAUGGCGGCGCCCGGCCGGCGAGGGGCCCGGGACAUGGGGGACGGAGCGGCAGCGGCGCCGGGGCCGGGGCUGGGGCGGGGCCGGCACCGGGCCGCCAACACGUUCAGGUUUCUCACCUUUUCAGAACGAUUGGCAAAUGUGAAUAUCGAUAUAAUCCACCGGAUUGACAGGAUUGACAGCCAUGAUGAGGAGGUUGAAACCUAUUUUUACGAAGGACUGGAGAAAUGGAGAGAACUGAAUUGCACAGAACACUUUGUUAAAUUUCAUAAAGAAGUUUCAGGAAGAUCCCAGUCUUUUAAUCAGCUGGUCUACCAUCAAAAUGCAGUGGUUGAAAGCUUGAAGAGCCAUCUUCAAAUCAAGAACAGCAUGGCCUAUCAACCCUUACUUGACCUGGUGGUGCAGCUGGCCAGAGACCUACAGACUGAUUUCUAUCCUCACUUCAGAGACUUCUUUGUGAUAAUCACAUCUCUGCUAAACACCCAGGACACAGACGUGCUAGAAUGGGCUUUCACCUGCCUCUCCUAUCUGUACAAGUACCUCUGGAGGCUCAUGGUGAAAGAUAUAACAAACAUCUACAGUUUGUAUAGUUCGCUGUUGUGCCACAGUAAGGAACACAUCAGACGUUUCGCAGCUGAAAGCUUUGCUUUCUUAAUGAGGAAGGUUCCAGACCACAGUGCUCUUUUCAACCUUGUGUUUGCUGACCUCAAGGAGCACAGAACGAAGACUGGGGGAGUGGGACAGCUGCUGUUCGAAAUGUGCAAAGGUGUCCAGAAUACCUUCCACUCAUGUGCAGCCAGGGUUCUCCCCAUUAUCUUACAAAAGCUGGGGCCCGUCACAGAGCCCAGCGUUGUGCUCCCAUGGGAUGCAGUUCAGGAAGCAGUUGGCCACAUGGCCAAGUCCUGCGCCACCCACGUCCACAAGGAACACUUUGACAUCCUCUGGAACUGUUUACAAGGGAGUAUCCUGGGCCUGCAAGACAGAGUCAACCCUGAGGACCGACAACAAGUCUCCGAUCAAGUCCACCGCCUGCUGCAGAUAUACCUUGUGCUGCUGGAACAUAAACAUGGCUCAAAGGUUACCCGUCCCAGUGAAGUCUGUGAGACCCUGAUCCAGCUGUUGCAGAACUCACAGAUGGACAUCCUGUGCUGCAGGACUUUACUGAAGGUCGUCUCCACUUUGCUAAUGGCUCGGAACAUUUCUCUCCCGAAUCUGCUGAUUGAAGAAACUGCUAGAAAGGUUUUCAGCAGUGGGUUUGAGAGAUCCUUGAUUCUGGAGUUCUCCAAGGAGAUGUUUGACAUGAGCGAGUUUGAACAGCUCCUUCUGCCGAGCCUGAUGCAGUAUGUGGAGGAGAGUCUUGCUGCUGGUGACCUUUUGGCCAAGGAGGAGACUCUGGGACUUCUGGUGAAACUUAUUCUGACCAAAGCUGAACCUCCAACAGAUGGAUCGAUGGCCUUUGAAAAGUAUCCUCUCCUCUUCACGGGACAAACACGUGUGUCUACAUGUUCAGGUGCUGGAGUGGGGAACAGAGGAGCCUUGGAUUAUAUCCUGUCUCUGCUGCGGCUCCCUGAAGAUGGCAGGGUAUCUGAUCUUGAACAUUGCUGGGGCGCUCUCAUCGUACUUCCCCAUCUCAGGCCGUUAGAAAUGGAAGAAGUGUUGGCUCCAGUUCACUUGCUUCUUGAUCGCCUUCUGACUGCCCUUGAACAAAGCGAUUCCAUUAACGAAGGAUGGAGGUAUGUUGCCUGUCAAACAGUCAGCACACUUCUCAGUCUCACAGAGUCUUUGGAAAUUCUCAACUUUCUGCCUGCAGAGCGUGUAAGGAACUUGAUGAAAAACUCACCGGCAGACGUCUCUACGCUCUUGCUGGGCGACCUGUACUAUACUCGGUUAACGUUAUGUGGCUGUAAAGACUUGGUUUCACAGGACAUGCUGCUUGAUCUGUACAAGGAACUGCGACCGAAUCUUUCAGCAAGCAUUUCAAAGGUACGGCUCCUGACACUGAGGAUUCUGAAUCAUUUUGAAGUGAAACUGCCAAAUAGAAUAGAGGAUGAUGAUGGAGAUCGUCAGUCCGUGUUUGCCACCUUGCUCCAAGCUGAACUGGUCCCUGCAACUGUUCACGAUUACAGAGAGAAAUUGUUGCACUUGAGUAAGCUGCGACAUGAUUUGGUACAGCUCUGCAUACCUGAAGGGCCAUAUCAUGAGGUUCCUCUUCAGUAUCUGAUAGGAAUGCUUUAUAAAAACUUCAGCCCACUGUGGGAUCCUGUGUUAGAGCUUAUUACUUCUCAUGCUUACGGAAUGGAGAAUAAAACGUUCUGGCGUAUUUACUACGAACAUCUUGACCGGGCAGCUGCUCUUGCCGAAAAAGAAUUGAACCGUGAAUUGGAGGAGGAGCCGAAGGUGAGGGUUACCCCAAACUCUGAGAACCUUUCAACACGUCACGUGAAAGGAUUAUACCAAAGUCAACUCCACUUGGCAACUAAGUCCAGUGAAAGAACGGAUCACACCAACUUCCGGUUCUUGCUUUGGAAAGCCAUGUGCAGUUUUGCCGACAGGGUGGAACCUCGGUCAAAGGAGCUCUCACCUUUACUUCUCAGAUUUAUUAACAAUGAGUAUUACUCAGCGGAUUUGCUGGUUGCUCCCACUGAGGAUAUCAGAAAGAAGGAAUGUGCUGCUGAUACGGGAGCAGUCAGUGAGCCAGAGAAUGGGAACGAUGCCGAUGAUGAUGAGGGAACAGCUCCUGCAGAUCACAGGUUUGCAGUGGAGAAGAAGCCCAGGAGAGCGGCUGUUAAACAACUGAUUGCUCACCUAAGAGUUUUCUCAAAGUUUACCAAUCCAAAGUCACUGUACCUGGAGCCCAAGCUGAAGGAGUUGUACACCCAGCUCCUGUGCCACCAUUUCCAGGACGUGCAGAAGAUCGCUCUGGAAUGUCUACUCACCUACAAGCACCCUCACCUGUUGCCCUACAGGGAAAAUCUUCAGCGACUCCUGGAGGACAAGAACUUCAAAGAAGAAAUAAUUCACUUCAGCAUUGCAGAGGAGACCACCAUUGUCGCACCUGCUCACAGGACUGAGCUUGUCCCUGUCAUAAUGAGGAUCCUUUACGGGCGGAUGAAGAGCAAAACCGGGAGCAAAACACAAGGGCGAUCCGGCGCGUCAGCCCGCGUGACCAUCGUUCUCCACUUCCUGGCUGGUUCGCUGCCACAGGAGCUGCGCAUCUUUCUGGACCUGCUUCUUGAGCCGGUGAAGCACUUGACUGAGGGAUCCUGCCUGUCUGCAGUGCUACAAUCAAUGAAGACUGUGGAUAUAUCAAGGGUACUGCCUCUAGGGCGUCAGCACGGCCUGCUGAACAACAUUGAAGUGGUGAUGAGAAAGUUGGGCCACCUCAUCGACGACUAUCUGCCUGAACUGCUUCAAAUCCUGCUGUGUGUAACCACAUCCGUAUCUCAAAUGCUUCAGCUGAGGGAUCAGAUCAAGCCAAGGUGCAUCAACCUGCUGAAACAUCUGAGGCGCCUGGGGAUAGAUCAGAUUGCUGCUUUCUUUACCAGCUUUGAGUCCUAUGCUUUCACAGCUGACGAGAUUGAUGCAGUGUUUCAUGGCACCGUGUGGCCACAGAUCAGCCGACUUCCCUCUGAAGGACAGUACGCACCAACGUCUCUCCUGAAACUGAUUCAUAUCUGGAGUAAGAACCCUAGGUACUUCCCUCUCCUUGCCAAGCAGCUCCCUGAUCACCCAGAGUGUGGCGUGCUGACCAACGUCUUCGCAUUGCUCUCGGCAAAGACUGUGGCAGAGUCAACGGCAUCACUCGUCAUGGAUAUUGUUGACAGUCUCCUGAGCACACCUGACUUCAUACCAACAGAACAGGAGGGUGCCCUGACUGUGAAAGAUGUAGCCUUUCCAGAACCCUCCGUCACUGCAGAAGAUACUCCAAGCAUGGGGACGCUUCUUAUUCUGCCUCACAUUUCCAUGAUUUUACAACACCUCAACAAGGCCGUUGGGAAUACGGAACGCAUGAAGAAGAAAAAGUUCCGUACACAAGUCAACAAAGACCUGAGUAUCCUGUCAAGAAUAAGUAGGUUUGUACAGGACAAGGAGCAGAGCUCUAUUCUGAUCAACCUCCUGAUGCCCUAUCUCUUCAAACCCAACAUCUCGCAGGACACAGAAAUCGACAUCCUGCAAACCAUUCAGAACCUCCUGCAGCACUGCGCACAGCCCUCAAGUUUCCUGAAGCCUGUGGGCACCCUCUUCUCUGUCAUUCAGAACAAGCUGUCCCGCCAGACGCUCUGUGCAGUGUUUCAGACCCUGGCAGAUCUGGAUGGGACGCUAGCUUACAUCACAGAAACUGUCACAAAGUUGAAUGCUUUUGACCGACGACACCUGGAUGAUAUUGACUUUGACAUACGUCUGUCUGCAUUCCAACUGGCCACCAGCUCGAUCCGAGAGAUGAAGAGGUUGGAUAUGAUGUACCUGAUCCCAAUUAUGCACAACUGCUUCUAUUCCAUUCAGUUGGGUGAGAUGACUCUCAGUGACAGUGCAACACUCUGCUUGAGUGCAAUUGUCCAACAAGUGGCUUCCAUUGAGUGCUCAGAAGAGGAAUACAAGGAGGUGAUUUCCCGGACACUGCUCGAGACCCUGAGGAACUGUCUAAAAUCAAAAGUCGAGAGUGUUCAGCAAGAUUACACAACACUCCUUGGCUGUUUAAUCCGUACGUUUCCCCAGCGUUCCGAGUUCCAGGACCUGGUUCAACUAACAGACCACGAUCCGGAAACUGACUUCUUUGAGAAUAUGAAACACAUACAGAUUCACAGAAGAGCUCGAGCCUUGAAAAAACUUGCAAAGCACUUGGACGAGGGGAAACUCUCCCUAUCUUCCAGAUCUCUAAUGAACUACAUCAUGCCUUAUGCUAUAUCAACACUGUUCAAUGAAAACAUGUUGAAGUAUGAGAACAUGACGUCAGCUUCCGUGGAACUCGUUGGAACUGCGUGCAAGCACUUGUCCUGGUCCUCGUAUACCUAUCACAUGAAACGCUAUAUUCAUGUCCUGCAGACUGGAGAGAUCAAUCAGAAACUGGCUGUCAGUUUGCUGCUGUCGGUUCUAGAAGCCUUUCACUUUGCCCCAGAGAGCCUGAGGAAGGAGUUUGAAGCAGUUCAGACCACAAAAGGUGAAAAUGCUGUGGCAGGAGGUGAGGAAGCCAUGGAACUGGAAGGUGUGACUGAAGCCAUGGAAUUGGAAGGUGCCAUUGAAGAAGAGAAGGAAGAAGCUGCAGAGGGUUUGGAUGAAGAAGGCACAGCACCUGCUGGGGCUGCUGGAGAAUGUGUCCCAGCAAAGGUGGAGAAGAAACCUGUCGUCUUUCAGCCCAGGAGUAAGGAGGAGCUGGAAAAUCUGAUCAAGCACAUUCAGAACACUGUCACUGAUGACUUUCUGCCCAAGCUGCAGAAAUGUUUAAUUGCAAAGGUAAAAAGAGAUGACCAGCACAAGUUGGUGAAAUCGAAGCUGGUGAAUGAUGAGGAAUUGGUGCGGAUUCCUAUAGCUUUUGCGAUGGUUAAACUAAUGCAGACCCUUCCCAAGGAGGUCAUGGAGAAUAAUUUACCCAGCAUCCUCAUUAAGGUCUGCAUACUGUUACAAAACCGAGCCCAGGAGAUCAGAGACGUCGCUCGCAAUACCCUGACCAAAAUAAUCGAGACUUUGGGUCCAAGGUACCUUCUCUACCUUCUCAAGGAGAUGCAGUCAGCUCUAACCAAGGGCUUUCAGGUUCAUGUUUUGACCUACACAGUCUACAUGGUGUUAAAGAGUCUUGUGCCCAAACUGAGCAGUGGAGAUUUGGACCCUUGCAUCGAUAACCUAAUUGCAAUUUUUAACCACGAAUUGUUUGGUGCAAUUGCUGAAGAAAAGGAAGUGAAAGGGAUCGUAAGCAAAGCGAUGGAAGCAAGGAAGAGCAAAAGCUACGAUUCCUAUGAGAUUCUGGGACAGUUUGUAGGAAAAGGACAGGUGGCUAAGCUGAUCCUUCCACUGAAAGAGAUAUUGGAGAACACUACCAAUCUUACGCAAGCUCGGAAGGUCCAUGAAACAUUUCGGCGAAUUGUGUCUGGUCUGUUACUGAAUAACGACAUGGCGGCAGAGAGCAUCCUUCUCCUGAGCCACAGUCUGGUGACUGAGAGCUUACCGCUGAUGGUGAAGAAGAUCAAGGGUAAACCGCCAAGGCCUGACCAAUCCCGCACCAGUCUGAAGCCCCAGAGCUGCCUUUUGCUGCCCUCCACACCUUCGCGCCAAGGAGAGAAACCCACUGUCAGCGCAAAGACCAACAUGCACAUCCUGGUGGAUACUGGGCUGAGGUUGCUACAUUUGAGCUUGAAGAGGUCGAAGGUGAAUUCUUCAGAAGAGCACAUCUUGGAGAUGAUGGACCCGUUUGUGCAGGUGUUAAUUGACUGUCUUCAGUCCGUGCAUGUAAAGGUGAUCUCAACAGCCUUGCAGUGUCUCACGUGGGUGUUGAAAUUCCCACUGAGAUCCAUGGAGGAUCUGGCUGGACAACUGACUCAGCAGCUCUUUGUGUUGCUGAAGGACUAUGCCAAGGCUGGAGCAGGCCGAGGAGAGAACUUCCACCUGGUUGUUAACUGUUUCAAGUCGAUUACCGUUCUGGUGAAAAAUGUGACACAGCACACGCUGACGGACAAGCAGCUCCAGGUGCUGCUGGGAUACGCCGAGGAAGAUAUUUAUGACUCAUCACGGCAGGCAACAGCAUUUGGGCUCCUAAAGGCGAUCCUGUCCAGAAGGCUCCUUGUUCCGGAGAUGGGUGAAGUGAUGCAGAAGGUGGCCAAGCUCGCUGUUACUGGGCAGAGCGAACCAGUCCGGGUGCAGUGUCGGCAGGUUUAUAUGAAGUUUAUUCUAGAUUAUCCCCUGGGGAAGGAACUGAAGACUCACCUCGAUUUCAUUGUGGCACAGCUUUCUUAUGAACAUGAAGUAGGAAGAGAUUCUGCACUGGAAAUGUUGGCCUUUAUAUUCCAGUCCUUUCCACAGGACCUGCUGCACCAACACUGCGCGCUGUUCUUCGUUCCUGUGGCCCUGAUGAUCGUAAACGAUGACUCUCCAAAGUGCAAGAAGAUGGCAGCCUUGGCAGCCCAGUCGCUGCUCAGCAAAGUAGACAACCAGCACAAGGACUCUAUGUUUGCCUUGGUCCUGACGUGGUUUAAGAGCAAGAAGGUCUCUCAUCGCCGGUUGGCUGCCCACACCUGUGGCCUCUUCGUUGAAGCAGAAGGAGUUUUCUUUGAAAAACGUUUUGCAACCAUUCUUCCAAUUCUUGAAACUGAAAUAAAUCCCGAAAGGUUCCAAAAUAUCCAGGAGGAAGGGGAAGAGAAGGCCACAGACCGCUUGCUCUUCAGCCUCCUGACGCUGACUGUCAAAAUGGUGAAGGAGUGCAACUUCAUCCAGCUGCAGAAACCAAGCUCUCUUCUCACCGACAUCUGGGGUCAUAUCCAGGCUCACCUGUGGCACCCACACUCCUGGGUCUGGCUCACUGCAACCCAACUCUUCGGAAUGCUCUUUGCCUCUCUCCAGCCUGAAGAACUGGUGGCCAGGUGGAAGACGGGCAAAUCUCUGACCGCUGGGAAGAACCUGUCGCAGACACCAGCAGCGCAGUUUUUGUGGAAAGAGCUCGAUGUAAAGACCAAAGAUUUGGCUUUGGCCUUCUGCCACCAGCUGCAGUCAAAGUUCCUGGAUCAAGCGCUGGGCGAUCAGGUUGUGAAGAAUUUGUUGUUUGUGACAAAAGUCAUCUACCUCUUGGGACCAGUUGGUCAGGGAGAUGUGGAGGAGGAGGAGGAGAGUGAGAAAGAGCUCGCAGCAGAGGAGAGUGAGGAACUGAGGGGUGGAGGAGGAACUCCUGACGGUGCCGACGGGUCUGUAAAGAAAACAAACCUGAUGUGGCUGAUGCAGAAACUCUGCAUUAUCGCCAAGAGGGAAGCAGCCCACACCCCAAAACACCCUCUGAAGCGGACCUGCAUCUUUAAGUUCCUCGGGGCAAUCGCUGUGGAUCUGGGAAUGGAAAGAGUGAAACCUUUUCUGCCGAUGAUUAUCACGCCUCUUUACAGAGAAUUAAACAGUACAUAUGCAGAGCAAGACCCAACGCUGAGGAACCUCUCCCAGGAGAUCAUUGAGGUGCUGAAGAAACUGGUUGGGCUGGAAACUUUCUCCACCAGUUUUGCAGCCGUGCAGAGGCAGAGCAGCCAGAAGAGGGCUUUGAGGAAACAACAGAAGGCCAUGCAGACCGUUGCAAACCCAGAUGUCGCUGCGAGGAAGAAACUCAAAAAGCACAGAAACAAAAUUCAAGCAAAGAAAAGAAAGAUUGAAGCCCUGCGACCCAAUUACAAGGCAAAGAAGGCCAGGAGCAGCGGCCUGAAAGACUUGGCCAUGGUGGAGUGAAAUGGAAGAAAGGCAACUGGGUUUUAGUCAAAUGAUCUCUACACAAGGAUUUUAUAAUGGAAGCUGAAGAGUGGCAUCUGAUGUCUGUCAUUUUCAGCAGUGUAUUUGUAACUGGGCUCCAGGAGUAUUUAACAUGAGGUACAGUUUAAUGUACUGUUUAUCCAGUAGUCUAUCAAUAAAAGGUGUUUUACAGAAAA